CCCAAAAACCCUUCUUAAGCCCCUAAAACGACCACAACCCUUGUUUCCCUGCAUUUUUGUUCAUCUCUAAUCUCCACGGCUAAAACCCUUUUCUUUUGCCUUCAAUGUGUUUUUGAUCUCUAAUUCAAGGCAAGAGAACUAGUUUAAAUUACUCAACAAUGGCAGGAAUUUCUCCGACAGGGCCAGUAAUGGGGGCUGUACCAACCCAACUUCCAAAGACCGAACAAAUCAUAGAUUACAGCAAUCUCCCUUGCCCUAUUCCUUAUGAAGAAAUUCAGCGAGAAGCCAUGAUGACUUUGAAGCCAGAAACAUUUGAAGGGAUGCGAUUUGAUUUUAAUAAAGCUCUUAGCCCAAAAUUUUUUCUUAGUCACAGUGUAUCCAUGGGGCCAAUAGAAGUUCCUUCUCAAUCUCCGGAGCCCAUUAAAAUCCCCACGUCAAACUAUGAGUUUGGUGCUAAUUAUAUUGACCCAAAGUUAAUGCUUAUUGGAAGAGUCUCUCAUGACGGUAGGCUAAAUGCAAGACUCAAGUGGGAUUUGACUGAUAAUAUUGUUUUGAAGGGAAAUGCUAUGUUGUCAAGUGAGCCUCAUUCGUCUCAAGGCAUGGGUAGUAUUGAUUACAAGGGCAGUGACUACAGGGCUCAGCUUCAAUUCGGCAGCGGCUCACUUGUUGGGGCAAACUACAUACAGAGUGUGACGCCAAAUCUCGCAUUUGGUGGUGAAAUUUUUUGGGUAGGCCAGCAUAGAAAGUCUGGUCUUGGUUCUUCUGCUCGAUACAGCAACGACAAGAUGGUUGCAACUGCACAAGUGGCUAGCACGGGAUUGGCUGCCCUCAGUUAUGUUCAGAAGAUUAAUGAGAAGGUUUCCUUAGCAACAGAAUUUGCAUAUAACCAUAUGUCAAAAGAUGUUACAGCUGCAGUAGGUUAUGAUGCUAUUCUACGUCAGGCACGUGUAAGAGGGAAGAUAGACUCCAAUGGAUGCGUAACUGGUUUGCUUGAAGAGAGGCUUAAUAUGGGUUUCACAUUUAUACUAUCUGCUGAGAUUGAUCAUAAGAAGAAAGAUUACAAAUUUGGUUUUGGAUUUACCGUUGGGGAGUAGAAACUUGUUGCUUUGCUCAUAGCGGCUUUGUUGGAAUUUUGAAAGGAUUAUUUGUUUUUUUUGGCAAUCUUCACCGAGAUCAAUUAUGUACUUUUACAUUCAAAGUUGAUUUAUAGGAACUUCAUAUUCUCAUUUUACACUUUUGGGUUGAGAAUAUCUUUAUGUAUUUUCAAGUAGAAAUAUUUAAGUGCUGUUGAAUAUUUACUCUAUGGCCAUGGCCAUGUCCUUCAUCAUUAUUGCAAAUUGCAAACAAUUCACGUUUUAGUGAAACAAGUGAUCUUGGCUAAUAAAAAGCUUUGCAGCAUCUAAAUUUAUUUU